GAGAGAGGAAGCGCAGCUUCAAAUCAGUCCAUGGUGACCUGCUGCUCUGCAGCUUCUCUUGUCGCGUCACGCGUCUCUGAGAUAACUUAGCGAGGCAUAAUGAAGACACUGAGGUUUAUUUAUUCUCAGCUGCCUCUCGGUCGCAGCUCAGCGGCUGCCUGCGGUUUUCUCCCCAGGUUUCCUUGCAGAGGAGCCGCUCCCACGCUGCUGGCCAGCAGGACCCUGGCGCUCUCUGCUUCCAGCCUGAAGAACAGAAAUGACUCCAGUUCACAUACAGAAGGAGAGGAAGGAGAAGGAGAGCUGGAGGACAGCGAGGUGGAGGAGCUUUUCCAGCAGCAGGUCCCUGCAGGGCUCGGACAGGGACAGCAGAGGGUGUUCAUCGUCCACCCCGAUGUGAAAUGGGGGAGCAGGAAGCAGUACCUGACCACCGCUGAGCUGAUGAUGGCUGAGGCCGAGGGGCUCGUGAAGACUUUGGACAACUGGACGGUGGUGGACACCAUCAUCCUCUCCACCAAGACCCCAGAGAAGAAGAAGAUAUUUGGGAAGGGCAACUUCCAGUUCCUUACAGAGAGAAUCAAGCAAACUGUGGGCAUCACAGCAGUCUUUGUCAAUGUGGACCGCCUGUCCCCUCUGUCUGAGAGGGAGUUCGAGGAAGCCUGGGGGGUGAAGGUCUUUGACAGGUACUCUGUUGUGCUCCACAUUUUCCGCUGCAACGCCAGAACCAAAGAGGCCAAGUUACAGAUCUCCCUGGCAGAGAUCCCUUUAUUAAGAUCUCGUCUAAAAAAUGAAAUGGCAGAUUUGGAUCAGCAAGGUGGAGGAUCAAGGUACAUCGGAGGAUCAGGGGAGACGCUGUACGAGGUCCAGCAGAGGCUGCUGAAGGAACGGGAGGGGAAGAUUCGCUCUGCACUGGAAAAACUCCGUAGAAAGAGGCAUCUCCUGCGGUCUCAGCGAAAACACAGGGAGUUCCCCAUCGUGUCUGUGCUCGGAUACACCAACUGUGGUCAGAGGCUGGAAGCGGUUUUCAUUAUGCUUCGUUUAGAUCAUUCUGAUCCAUCUUUUAACACUUUUUUUAAUUACAUCUGUUCAGGGAAAACCACUCUGAUCAAAGCUCUGACCGGCGACAGCAGCCUGCAGCCCAGGAACCAGCUCUUUGCAACCCUGGAUGUGACCGUCCACGCCGGCCAGCUGCCCAGUCACAUGACCGUGCUGUAUGUGGACACCAUCGGCUUCUUGUCCCAACUUCCACACCAGCUCAUCGACUCCUUCUCCGCCACCCUGGAAGAUAUCACACACUCGGAUCUGCUGGUGCAUGUCAGAGACAUUAGUCAUCCAGAGACGGUGAAUCAGAAGGCGAACGUACUGAAUGUCCUGAAGAACCUGGAAAUCCCACACAGGCUGCUGGGCUCUAUGAUCGAGGUUCACAACAAAAUUGACCUACUUGACAAUUAUGAAAGCUCAGAGCCGGGGGCGGUGCUGAUCUCUGCCCUGCAGGAGCGAGGCCUGGAUGAGCUGAAAAAAGCAGUGGAGCGGGAGAUUGUAAAAUCCACCGGAAAACAAAUUUUAGACUUGCGAGUUGACCUCAGCACUCCUCAGUUAAGCUGGCUGUACAAAGAAGCCACCGUUCAGGACGUGCAGGUGGACGCAGACGAAGGCUCGGCCGUGGUGAAGGUCAUCAUCAGCGCUGCUGCUUAUGGACGCUACAAGAAACUUUUCGGAGGUAGAUGAGAACAGAGGAAGCUGAAAAGAACUCAACUCUGAACCUUAAAAAAAUAUUUUUGCUCUGCGGUGAUUAAAAGAUCAGAUUUGAUUCAUCUGAAAUAGAAUUAGAGUUUUGUUUUUUUUGUAAAAAUAUAUUGAUUCCACAUUAGAGAUGCUGAAGGUCAUUUUUUUGUUUUGAAUAAAUGAUGAUUUCUCUUUGAAUCGGAGAUGAUUCAAAAAAAUCACAUCCACUAAAAGAAGCUGGGAAAAGAAAAAUUCGAUGUAUUUUAAAAAACCCUUCAGUACAGCUUCCCCCUCUGGGUGGAGCUCUCCGGCAGCAGCUUCUGGUUCAAGGCUAUCACCAGGGAGCAGAGGGGCAGCGGCCCCACAAAGUCUCCUGCUAUAAUGUUGAGGCUGUCGGGGUCCGAUCCAGGCUUCUGCUUCUCCACCCAUUCCCUCAGAUGCUCCCAGUUACUGAAGGUCAGCGUUCGCAGGGAUUCCUUCUGAUUCUUGGCGAUGUAAGCCCUCGGGGCCGUGAGGUUCAGGCCGGAAACAAAGAAACACUCUGCAAAGACAAGAAGGUGUCAAAACAUCAUCCACAUUUAAUGCAACUUACUUACUUAAUUCACAUUUUAACCUAACGAAAUGUGAUAAACCAACAUAAAGCAUGUUGAGGAAAGUGGAAGGAGACAUCUGAAAGUUGUGCCAGUUCAUUUUACUCUGAUACCUCUAAAUAAAGUUUUUAUAUGCACCUUGGAACUAAAUAGGACACGGUGAACAUGGGAUAGAAAGUGCCAUGACAGAAACAUGGUGGUGCUGGAAUCAUGCUGUGGGGUCACUGCAUCAAGGAGAGGAACUGCUGCUCAGACUUGAUGGAAAUAAAUUCAGGACAAUCCAACACAUGGAAAUGAA